AUGUCGCUUUUUGAACAGCUUCCCUUUGAGGUAUUGAGCCAGAUAUUCCACUUGCUCCACCCCUUCAACGACCUCCAAUCAAUAGCGCUAAUCCCACAACUAAGACCUUAUCUCUGUGAGAUUCUUUGCUUUAUAUCAGAUACAACUAAACCAAAACUAUUAGCAAAUGCCCAUCAUGUGGAUAAUUUCAUAAUAGAGUAUAAAGGUCAAGAUUAUGAAGAGUUUAAAGAGUUGAUCAAACAGGUCAAGGGCACGAACCAUAGGGUUUUAUACCAAGGUUCAUCAUUCCCUAUUGGGUUUUUCAAUAAUGAACUUUUCCAAAAUGAUCAAGGUUUAGAAGGUGUUCAUUUUGAUAAUGUUUUGAGGAUAGGGAGGGAUAAUUGGUUUGAAAUGUUUGGGGAUCAGUUUUUCCAUUGUUUUGAAGAUGAUUCAAUAGUUUUCAAAAAAUGUCAAGAGAUGAGAAUUGGGUUACAAUGUCGUGGGUUCCCGAUGGAGAAAGUUCAUGUGCCAAAUUUACAAAGAUUGGAUCUAAAGAUUAUUAAUGAUCAAGUUUCAUUAGAUUUUUUGAAGAAUAUGGUUAGUUUGAAAGAGUUACGGAUCAGUACUGCAAAUGGGUAUGGUAUAAUGGGGUUUAGGUUUUUGGAAUUAAAGAAUUUACAAGUUUUGGUAUUGGAUUCACAAAGAUUAGAGUUUGGGUUUUAUGGUUGUAAUUUCCCCAAAUUGAAGAAGCUUGAUAUUACUAGGUUGAAAGAGAUUUGGAUUGUCUUGGAUACAAGAUUUGAUGAAUUGGAAGAAUUGGAUUUAAGUUGCACCAAGUUGAUUUUCCCCAUAUAUUCCAAAUUCUUACCAAAACUACGUUAUUUAAACGUUCAAAAUCAUCAUGAAUCAAAUAGUCAUAUGACUAAGUUAAAGAUGAAUGAAUUGAUAAAUUUGGAAAGGAUUGAUCUAAGUUCAUUUGAUUAUUUGAUCCAGAAUCCUAAACUAUUGGAUUAUUUAAACGAGGUUCAUUUUAAACGUGAUGUUUCAAUAAAUAGGAAUUUUGAAGUUGAAGAGAUUGAAAGAUUAAUGACAUUACAAUUCAAACAAUUGAAGAAGAUUGUGAUACAUUUAUAUGAACCCGGUGAAUAUGAUUUUGAACGGAUCAACUUAAUUAGUCCCUUGAAGGAACAACUUGAAGUGAAAUUGAUUGUUGAUGGUGUUGAGGAACAAUUUAAGCUCAAGUUAGCCUCUAGUGCAUUGAAUGUUGAAACAAUAUUUAGUCCUCAACGGAAAAAAAGAAAAAGUGUGUGA